AUGAGCGACUCCUUUCUCCGCGCUGCCCAGAUUCGCUCUUCCGACUCGCCGAGUCCACCCGCCGCAGCGGAGCUGAUCGCCUCACUCGGCGCAGACGAGCUGCAGGUUAUUGCGCUGUCGGUCGACGACCCGGCCAUUGUGUGCCGCAUGGCCGCAGUCUGUCGUCUGUGGCGUGCCACUGCGCACUCCGAGCCGGUGUGGGCGGCGUUGGCCGCCGCAUACUGGGUUGGACCACUCGCCCGCCCACCGACUGGAUCGGCGCGAGACGCCGUCGUCGGAAUCGAGUCGGCGCUCCGAGAUGUUGCGAGCGGACGGCGCCGGCUGGCGAUCCUGUUGGAGCAGAAUGGCGAGAUCCACGUCCCGCUGGCGUCUUGCCGCUGGACUUGCGCGCUCGACGCCUCGCCCUUCCGCAUCCUCUCCGUCUUUGGCGGGUCUCGGCCUUUCUGCUCCGUCUCGCUCCUCUCCAACGCAAGCGACGUGGGCGCCUCUGCUGUCGCCGAGGCUGCUGCUGUUCUCGAGCGGGACAAGGACGAGUUUCUCGGCUUGCUGGAGCCUGUCCCCUACUCCGAAGGCAAGUUAGGGCGACCCUUGUUGGAGCUCCACCCGGGCCGCGUGCACGAAGAGGAGGACUUUGACGAGGCGGACGCGAUGAUGAACUGGGAGGCGGGUGGCAGCCCGGGCCCAGGCCUCUUCCUCUCUUGCCACACCAACCACCGAGACAAGGGACGGCACCAGAGCUUGCAGUGGUUCCACCCCGACGGCGCAAAGACUGUGGGACCGCCCGGUGGUCGCCCCGUCGACGUGCUGCCCCAAUUCUACGAGGACCAGGAGCGGUGGCAUACGCCGACGAGCAGCGGCCACACGCCCGCGAUGAUCGCAGGGUGGGACAAUGAGCCGCCAUGGCAGGACGUCGGCGAGUGGAGGCAGGGCGGGGAGCCCGCUGGGUCCCGCUGCCGCUCCCUCUUCGUGGUGGCGGUGCAGCAGCGCGUCUCCGUCGCUAGCAGCCAUUUCGUCACGCGGCAGGAGGAGCUGCACCGGGAGUGGUUCCGCGUUGACUUCAGGUGA